AUGAUUGAUUUCAAUCCAAUGGUGAGAUUCCGACUCUGUUUCGCCUUGUUCAUCAUCCUCUACGUGUUAUCUGCGAAUCCGAAAUUAAUCGAAUCGUGGGAUGAUGAGAGUGCGAUUCGAUUCGACAAUCCGCCAACACCAUCUCCGGCGCCGGAGCCUCACCCGGAUGACGACGAUUCGUCUGUUUCAUGUGUCGAUGACCUAGGCGGCGUUGGCUCUCUGGAUUCCACGUGUAAGCUCGUCGCCGAUUUGAAUCUCACACGUGACCAUUACAUCUCCGGCAAGGGCAAUCUCCACGUCUUGCCCGGCGUCAGAUUGGUUUGCCAGUUACCCGGAUGUUCGAUUACAGUCAACAUCUCCGGGAAUUUCUCAUUGGCUGAGAACUCGACUCUCAUCGCCGGAACGUUCCGUCUCGCAGCGGAAAACGCCGAAUUCGGGCUUAACUCGUCCGUGGACACAACCGGAUUGGCUGGGGAACCGCCGGCGGAUUCUAGCGGUACGCCGGAGGGAGUGGAAGGAGCCGGUGGGGGAUACGGUGGAAGAGGUGCUUGCUGCUUAUCGGAUACGACUACGAAGCUCCCGGAGGAUGUGUGGGGCGGUAAUGUGUACGGUUGGUCGUCUCUGGAGAAACCGGAGAUUUACGGUAGCAGAGGUGGGUCCACGAGCAAUGAGGUUGAUUACGGUGGAGGUGGCGGCGGAACGGUGGCGAUGGAGAUUUUAGGGCAUGUGGGGUUAAACGGUAGCGUUUUAGCUGAUGGGGCCAGUGGAGGAGUUAAAGGUGGUGGUGGGUCCGGCGGCAGCAUCUUCGUCAUGGCACAUAAAAUGGAAGGGACUGGUCGGAUAAGUGCAUCUGGAGGUGACGGUUAUGGUGGUGGAGGUGGUGGACGCGUUUCCGUCCAUAUCUUCAGCCGCCGUUCUGACCCUAAAAUCUUCAUCCAUGGAGGUAGUAGUUUUGGUUGUCCAGAGAAUGCUGGAGCUGCUGGGACAGUGUACGAUGUUAUCUCAGAGAGUUUAAUAAUGGAUAACGACAAUAAGACAACAUACACAGACAGCCUUCUCCUGGAGUUCCCUAACCAUCGCCUUUACACUAAUCUGUAUAUCCAAAAUAUGGCAAAGGUUGCUGUUCGCUUGCGUUGGAGCCGUGUCCAGGUUCAAGGAUUGAUAAGUUUGUCAAAUGGUGGAGAGUUGAACUUCGGGCUUCCUCGUUAUGCUUCUUCGGAAUUUGAAUUAUUUGCAGAGGAGCUCUUGAUGAGCAAUUCUGUUAUCAAGGUGUUUGGGGCUUUACGAAUGACAGUUAAAGUGUUCUUGAUGUUGAAGUCAAGAAUGUUCGUAGAUGGUGGUGGAGUCACAAUAUUGGGAACAUCAAUGCUUGAAAUUAGUAAUCUGUUGGUGCUCAAGGAGUCAUCUGUGAUACAAUCCAAUGGAAACCUCGGAGUACAUGGGCAGGGUCUGUUGAAUCUAACAGGCGAAGGAGAUACAAUUGAAGCACAGCGUCUGAUUCUGUCUCUGUUCUAUAGCAUCCAGGUUGGAGCAGGAGCGGUUUUGAGAGGUCCUUUCCAGAAUGCAUCAACUGGUGGCCUUACUCCAAAGCUUUACUGUCAACAUGAAGAUUGCCCUAUUGAGCUACUCCACCCGCCGGAGGAUUGCAAUGUCAACGCAUCUCUUUCAUUCACUCUUCAGAUUUGCCGAGUUGAGGAUAUUACUGUUGAAGGUCUCAUCAAAGGAUCUGUUAUCCAUUUCCAUCUGGCGAGAACUGUAGUUGUACGCUCUUCUGGAAUGAUAACCGCAGACGGGAUGGGCUGCAGAGGUGGAGUUGGGACAGGGAGGUUUCUGAGAAGUGGUAUUGGGAGUGGUGGUGGACAUGGUGGUAAAGGAGGAAACGGUUGUUACAAUCAUACUUGCAUUGAGGGUGGUGACUCUUAUGGAAAUGCAGAUCUACCGUGUGAGCUUGGAAGUGGAAGUGGAAAUGAAGAGUCUAUAGAUUCAGUUGCUGGUGGAGGAAUCAUUGUGAUUGGUUCACUUGAGCACCCACUUUCAAGCUUGUCACUUGAAGGCUCGGUAACGGCUGAUGGUGAAACUCCCAGGAAGACGUUGAAAACCUUUAGUAACUCAAGUGUAGGACCUGGUGGUGGUUCAGGUGGUACCGUACUUUUGUUCUUGCGCACACUGGAUGUAGCGAAGUCUGCGAUUCUCACUAGUAUUGGAGGAAAUGGUAGUCAAAAAGGAGGUGGUGGAGGAAGCGGUGGAAGGAUUCAUUUUCACUGGUCAGACAUUCCUACUGGUGAUGUCUAUCAUAACAUUGCCAAUGUAAAGGGAAGAGUUUAUGUAAGAGGAGGGUUGGGUGCCAGUGAAGAUAACAUUGGAGAGGCAGGAACUUUGACUGGUAAAGCUUGCCCACAAGGGCUCCAUGGUCUAUAUUGCGAGGAAUGUCCAGCUGGAACAUAUAAGAAUGUUACUGGAUCUGAUAAAGCUCUUUGUCAUCUUUGUCCGCCUACUGAUCUUCCCCAUCGUGCUGUAUAUGUCACUGUUCGAGGCGGUGUUGCAGAAACGCCUUGUCCAUACCAGUGCGUUUCGGAUAGAUACCACAUGCCACACUGUUACACUACACUUGAAGAGUUAAUAUACACAUUUGGUGGACCAUGGUUGUUUGGCAUCCUUCUAGUAGUUGUGCUCCUUCUACUAGCACUUGUUUUUAGCGUCGCAAGAAUGAAGUUUGUUAGUGGCGAGGAGGGACAUGGGGCUGCCCCAACCCAUCAUGGUUCUCAGAUUGAUCACUCAUUUCCAUUUCUUGAGUCACUCAACGAGGUGAUGGAGACAAGCAGAGUGGAAGAAUCACAGGGCCACAUGCAUAGGAUCUAUUUCUUAGGUCCUAAUACUUUCAGUGAGCCUUGGCAUCUUUCUCAUACUCCUCCGGAAGAAAUAAAGGAGAUUGUCUAUGAGGCUGCGUUUAAUGGAUUUGUUGAUGAGAUCAAUGCUGUAGCUGCGUAUCAGUGGUGGGAGGGUGCGAUUUACAUCAUGCUCUCAGUUCUUGUCUAUCCUCUUGCGUGGUCCUGGCAGCAGUCACGCCGGAGGCUGAAGUUUCAGAAACUCCGUGACUUUGUUCGAUCAGAAUAUGACCAUUCUUGUCUACGCUCUUGUCGUUCAAGGGCCUUGUAUGAAGGGCUAAAGGUAGCUGCUACACCAGAUUUGAUGUUAGCUCAUCUAGAUUUCUUCCUCGGUGGCGAUGAAAAGAGAAACGAUCUUCCUCCUGCGGUUAAUCAAAGAUUUCCAAUGCCAUUACUCUUUGGAGGCGAAGGAAGUUACAUGGCCUAUUACUCACUCCAAAGUGAUGAUAUCCUGACCAGUCUGUUGAGCCAGAUGGUCCCACCAACAACUUGGUACCGGUUCAUCGCUGGUCUCAACGCUCAGCUGCGUCUGGUUCAGCAAGGGAACUUGAGGUCCACGUUUCGCUCGGUUAUGAAAUGGAUUGAAACUCACGGAAACCCUGCUUUGAAAAGACACGGUGUACGCGUCGACCUAGCUAGGUUUCAGGCGUCGCCUUCGUCGUCUUGCCAGUAUGGAAUCCUUGUUCACACCAUUGUAGAUGAACUGACAUCAGUUAUAGAUGAAACAGAACAGCAGCAGCAGCAGCAUCCAUGGGGGACACAAAUUGAAAACAACUCUGGUGAUUUGAGGGAUAACUUGCAGUUCACGCGAUCUCCAAGAAGCAUAACUAACCAUGUGAGGCAUCGAGACUGUGGAGAGAUCAUAGACAUCGGUAGCUUACAGUUUCUCAAAGAAGAAAAAGAUCUUCUCUCCCUCAUCUCCUUCUUGAUUCACAACACAAAACCUGUUGGCCAUCAGGAUCUGGUCGGUUUGGUUAUCUCGGUGCUACUCUUAGGAGAUCUAACUCUAAUGUUACUCACGCUGCUCCAACUCUACUCCAUAUCUAUGCUCGACGUCUUUCUCGCUAUGUUCGUUUUACCUCUCAGCAUCAUCUUCCCAUUCCCUGCCGGAGUCAGUGCUUUGUUUAGCCACGGACCAAGGCGCUCCGCUGGACGAACUCGCGUCUAUGCUUUGUGGAACAUCACAUCUCUGGUCAAUGUUGUUGUUGCGUUUGUGUGUGGAUAUAUACACUACCAUGGCUCAUCAGCGGGGAAAAAGAUUCCGUAUCUCCAGCCAUGGAACAUAAGCAUGGACGAGAACGAGUGGUGGAUAUUCCCGGUGGCUUUGCUUCUGUGCAAAGUGUUGCAAUCACAACUUGUGAACUGGCACGUUGCGAACUUGGAGAUACAAGAUUACUCCUUGUACAGUGAUGACUCUGAGCUCUUCUGGCAGUCGGCAUCCAAUGGUAUCAUUGUGAAGGGAGAGAAUGUUCCAAAGCCGAUAACAAGCUGGAUUGAAGCUGGUGUGAUGACCAAGCUCCAACAAGCCAGAGCCAUGAGAAGCUUCAAGGUCCCACUUCCCCUGAUACGGAUAAUCUCCUAUGGCCGAGACUCUUUGGUCUUUGCAGGACCAGCAACAUGA